AUGAAGCAAAGGGAAGGACCCAAGGUGCCUUGUGAAGUGGAGGUGGACAAAAUUAGCAAUUUGCCUGGGCAUAUUCUUGACAAAGUCUUGUCUCAUUUGUCUCUGAGAGAUGCAGUGAGAACUAGUGUCUUAUCAAGCAAGUGGAGAUACAAAUGGAUUACACUUCCUCACCUUGUGUUUGACAAUCAAUCUGUAUUGGUUUCAUCUCAAGAUCAAUCACUCAUAAAGAAUAAGCUUGUUAACAUUGUUGACCAUGUCCUUUUACUCCACUCCGGGCCAAUACAAAAGUUCAAGCUUUCUCACCGUGAUCUUCAAGGUGUCAGUGACAUUGAUAGGUGGAUACUUUUUCUGUCAAGGGGUUCCUUUAAGGAAUUUGUUCUUGAGAUAUGGAAAGGACAUCGGUACAAGCUCCCUUCUUCUUUAUACUUUUGCCAAAACUUAGUCCAUCUGGAGCUGUUUAAUUGUCUUUUAAAACCACCAGCUGCGUUCAGUGGAUUUAAGAAUUUGAAGAGUAUUGAUCUUCAGCACAUCACAAUGGAUCAAGAUGCAUUUGAGUUUCUGAUAUCUAGCUGCCCUUUGCUUGAGAGGCUAACAUUGAUGAAUUUUGAUGGUUUUACAAAUCUUCACAUUCAUGCUCCAAAUCUUCUCUUCUUUGAUGUUGGAGGUGUCUUUGACAAUGUUAGUUUCCAGGACACUUUUCAUCUAGCUGUGGUGUCAAUUGGAUUGUAUACAAAUACGGGAUAUGAUCGUAAUCUGACUUUUGGGAGUGCUGGUAAUUUGAUAAAGUUUUUUUCUCACCUACCUCGAAUUCAGAGACUUGAAGUGCAGAGCUAUUUCUUGAAGUACUUGACAGCUGGUAAGGUCCCAGUGAGACUUCCAAUGCCUUGCGUGGAGCUUAGUUUUCUAUCCCUGCGAAUUAACUUCAAUGAUGUAGAAGAAAGUUUGGCGGCUCUUUGUUUGCUAAGAAGUUCUCCUAACCUACAGGAGCUUGAGAUGCUUGCUCGCCCAGAGGAGCUGAAUGGCGCUAGAAUUUCCAUUAACGUACUGGAAGAAGAUUAUGAAAUCUGUCCAUUUAAUCAACUACGGUUUGUGAAAAUUGCUGGUAUCUCUGGUCUAAAACAAGAACUCAACUUUAUCAAAUUUCUGCUUGCAAAUUCUCCUGUUCUUGAGAAAAUGACGGUUAAGCCUACAUCAAUUGAGGGAGGAUGGGAGUCCCUUAAAGAGCUCAUGAAAGAGUUACUCAGUUUCCGAAGAGCUUCAGUUCAAGCACAAAUCAUCUACCUCGACCCUUAG